UUUCUUCCAGGGGUUGCCUAAGCCUCAGCGCACACCCCUGCUUGGGCAAACUGAGAUAGGAAAAGAGAGAGGGUGAGACUGGAGGAACGCAGCUCUGUUGUUGUGGUCACUCCGAGAACCCUGCGCGGCGCAGAAAUGGAGGGGCUGAAGUGCAGGAACUGACCCGCUGCCAUCGGGAGGACAGGAAUACAUGUGGAAGGGCUUCUACAGAGUGGAUCGGGAUUAAAAGGAGCCGAGGGCUGCAUGGGUCCAGUGGUCAUGCCCCCAGGGAAGAAGGCCGAGGGCCCCAGCAGUGGGAGUGUUGCGCGGGGUCUGAGUCAGCUCUACCAGGACACUGAGGCAGCUGACCUCUCUCUGGCCCUGUCUGCCUCCCUCAGCCGGGCCGAGGACGAGGAGCUGACCAGCCUCAGCUGGUUGCACGAGAGCACGGAUCUUCUGACCAGCCUGGGUCACUCGGGCCUGCGUAGCGUUAGCCCCCUACAGGAUGCUAACGGUGGCCGCGAGCCCUCCUCCUCGCCGUCGUCCUCCCCUGAGCCCAGCGAGCCACCCUACCACCUGUCCACGGGUCCCAGCCGCAAACCGCCCUAUUCCUUCAGCUGCCUCAUCUUCAUGGCAAUAGAGGACGCUCCCUCCAAGCGACUUCCUGUCAAAGACAUCUACGGCUGGAUACUGGAGCACUUCCCCUACUUCGCUAGUGCCCCCACUGGCUGGAAGAAUUCAGUGCGUCAUAAUCUGUCGCUAAACAAAUGCUUCAAAAAGGUGGAUAAGGAUCGCAGUCAGAGUAUAGGAAAGGGUUCACUCUGGUCUAUUGAUCCUGACUACAGACACAAUCUGAUUCAGGCACUAAAGAAGACUCCAUAUCAUCCGUAUUCCCCUCGGCUUCCAAAACCUUCUACCUCCCCAUCUGCCUCUCCUCAGCAAUACCACAGUCCUCCGCUAUGGCCAGGAAGUCCACUCUUCAGAAAAAAUGGUGGAGUGCUCUUACAAGUUCCACAGAGAGUGAUACAGCAUAGUUCACGUGUUGCUGCUCAGGGGCUCUUUCCAGUUAUCAGACCCCUUCCUUUGAGUCCUGUGAGCAAGAGGACCACAGUCGUGAGAUCAGCCCUGGGCGAUUAUCUGACACGGGGUAAAAACAGUCUGUGCAGUGACUCUCCUCCACCCAGCGAUGAUCAGCAGGAGGACCACACAUACAGCAGCUCGCAGUCCCUAAAUACAAAGGGGGACAUUUCUUCCUCCCUCUCCUCCUGCUCCACUCAGGGUUCCCUCUCUGCCUACAGCCCCGGUCAGGAGGUGACGCUCACUGAGGUCAAGGAGGAGCAAAAAGACUUUCCGCUGGACGCCACACCACCUCCUUCCCAGCUGCUCCAGUGCAGAAGACUGCUGUGGACCAAAGGUCACCCUCGGACCCCCGGCGACACGCUUCCCCUGAAGAAGAGACGGGCGGAAAAGCUCCUGGUCAAAGAGGAGGAAGACGAGGAGAUGGAGGCGGCGGGGUCGUUGCUUCACCUGGCUGGCAUGCGCACCGGUGUGAAUAAAAACGCUCAGCGUACGUGUAAAAAGGAGGUGAAAGAGGAAGCCAAUGAUUAGCAAUGAACGAAAAUCCCGUUAACACAGAUCUAAAUACUUCUGUUCCAGGAUAUCAGGUGAAUUCUAGUCAGUUGUUGCAAUAUCAAUAAAAUCACUGUUGUCCCUUGUUAAAUUUGAUUUCCCGGGUGAAAGAUUCUCAUGUUCAUGUUGUUUUGUGUGUGUGUGUGUGUGUGUGUGUGUGUGUGUGUGUGUGUGUGUGUGUGUGUGUGUGUGUGUGUGUGUGUGUGUGAAGAGGGAAAAAAGCCAUAGUAAAAUUUGGGUCAUUUGAGUGAAAAAUGUAUUAAUGUUUCUUUCUUUGAAUUCAUCAAGCCUACCGAACAAUUUAAAAGAAUUAUGUUGUAGCAAUCCUUCUAGUUCACAUCAGAAAGCUGAACGGAGAGAUUUUAUAUGCUGCUCUCAAGUGUGCCAAAGAUAUGAUACCUGUUGAUGAAAGUGCAGCUAAUCCAUGCACACUUAGUAAGACCAAUAAUAGUUUCAAAAAUAGUGAUACCAACCUAUAUUACAAAAAACAUCAGAUGAAUAUCUGGGUCAGUGACAUGAUGCUCAGUUGUCUUGGUCUGGUUUUAAAGGGGUCAUCGGAUGCUAUAUGCACUUUUACAAGUUGUUUGAACUGAAAUGUG